AUGAAACUUUCCAUCUGCCUUGUCGCGGUAGCCACCGCUGCCGCCGCCGCCGGCAUCGAGAUUCGCGACGCCGCCUCCAUAAAGGCCGCCCUGGUCACCCUCCGGGCAGACAUCGUCGCCCUCAACGCCGCCGCCGACAAUUUCAACGGCGGGAGCUUCCAGCCCGUCGUCGACGCCUCCAGGAAGAUGAUCCGCGACAUCAACGCCGGGAUUGACGCCGCCAAAGCUUCUACUAAGCUCUCCGCCGGGGACGCCUUGGACCUCCUCCCCACCAUCGGGAGCCUCCGCGCCCCGUCCCGGGCUCUUAGCCACACCGUCGCGGCCAAGGUCCCCGUCAUGUCCCAGGCCGGAGGCUGCUCCAUCGUCCGCGCCGAGUUCGACGGCAUCGUCGCCGGUACCAUGACACUUGUCUACGAAAUCGAAGAGAAGUUUCCGAGAGAACUCAUCAUCGGCGAACCGGAUGACUGGGUCCUACUUGUUGCCCCCAUUGACGAGGUUCUGAGCCAGUAUUGUUUUACCUAG